GGAGAUCCUAACAUGAGCGGCAUCAGCAGGAUAGGCACCAGAUCGACCCACAAGGUCCUUGAUGAGCAAUGCCAGGUAUAGAUUGAAGUUACCGGUACCGAAGAUCGACCCGAUGUCGAUCGUUGCUAGAAGAGGCUGGCGAUCCCCGUUCACAUCUAGGUACAAGCAGUCUAUGCCAGCGAGACACAAAGCUCUGUUUGUUGAAAUUUUGACUCUCAAGAAAUUCGCAGCACCUAAGAUCGGUCUUCGAAGGUAGUCGAAAAUUGUGCAGUUGGUGGGUGUCUGACGAAGAAGAUCAUGUCAGUUCAAGACAAUGACAUGUAGAGACUUGUUAUGAUUCAUGUGAAAUUUUCGGCAAAGGCUCGUUUAUUUUUGCUG